CUCUCUCUCUCUCUCUCUCUCUGAUCCUUUGACGAUUCGUAUUUUCUCUGUAUUAAAUUAUAGGAUAAUGGGAAUCGAUAACGAGUAGCAACUGACCAACUUCGCCAUAUAUACACACUACAUCGUAGACUUCACUUCUGUUCUGUUCUGAUCCAGAAGGACACCUUCCAAGUUCCAACUACACGGCCCAGACAGGAGACAUGGCUGCCCGGCUCUUCUCAAGCCUCCUCUCUCGCUCCUCCUCAUCCUCAUCAUCUUCUGCUGCUCGUGCUUUGCUUUCUCGAGCUAGAAAACCGCUAUUGGGAAGAGAUAUCAAGACCUACAGCACAGCAGUGGCUAUCGAGGAACCGCUAAAUCCAGGCGUCACUGUGAACUAUUCUCAGCUUUUCAUUAAUGGGCAGUUUGUGGACUCAGCUUCAGGAAAAACUUUUCCAACAUUUGACCCCAGGACUGGAGAAGUGAUUGCUCAUGUUGCUGAAGGCGAGGCCGAAGAUAUAAACCGAGCUGUAGCUGCUGCUCGCAAGGCAUUCGACGAGGGACCAUGGCCUAGAAUGACUGCUUAUGAAAGGGCCAAGAUAAUGUUGCGGUUUGCUGAUUUGCUUGAAAAGCAUAAUGAUGAGCUUGCAGCACUUGAGACUUGGGAUAAUGGGAAGCCAUAUGAACAGGCUGCCAAAAUUGAGCUUCCAAUGAUCGUCCGUGUCAUUCGAUAUUAUGCUGGUUGGGCCGAUAAGAUUCACGGUCUCACAGUUCCAGCUGAUGGGCAGUAUCAUCUCCAAACCUUGCAUGAGCCAAUUGGAGUUGCAGGUCAGAUAAUUCCAUGGAAUUUUCCUCUUCUGAUGUAUGCUUGGAAAGUGGGGCCUGCAUUAGCCUGUGGCAACACCAUUGUACUGAAGACAGCAGAGCAGACACCACUGUCUGCUUUGUAUGCAACCAAGCUCUUGCAUGAGGCUGGUGUCCCCCCUGGCGUCGUGAAUGUGAUUUCUGGUUUCGGUCCAACUGCAGGCGCGGCUCUUGCCAGUCAUAUGGAUGUUGAUAAGCUUGCUUUCACAGGAUCAACCAACACGGGGAAGAUCGUACUUGAGUUGGCGGCGAGAAGCAACCUUAAGCCAGUGACUUUGGAGCUUGGAGGGAAAUCCCCUUUUAUCGUAUGCGGGGAUGCUGAUGUCGACAAGGCUGUUGAGCUAGCCCAUUUUGCACUUUUCUUCAAUCAGGGUCAAUGCUGCUGUGCUGGAUCUCGUACAUAUGUACAUGAAAGCGUGUAUGAUGAAUUUGUAGAAAAGGCAAAGGCACGUGCAACAAUCCGUAGUGUGGGUGAUCCGUUCAAAAGUGGCAUUGAACAAGGUCCUCAGAUUGACUCGGAGCAGUUUGAGAAGAUUUUGAGGUACAUAAGAGCUGGAGUAGAAAGUGGUGCAACUCUUGAAACAGGAGGAGAAAGAUUUGGAACCAAGGGACACUACAUUCAGCCAACUGUAUUCUCAAAUGUUGAGGACGACAUGUUGAUUGCUAAGGACGAGAUUUUUGGUCCCGUGCAGUCCAUUUUGAAAUUCAAGGACCUUAAGGAGGUGAUUCAAAGGGCAAACAACACGCGCUAUGGGCUGGCAGCUGGAGUCUUCACCCAGAACAUGGAUACGGCGAAUACCUUGACCCGCGCCUUGCGAGUUGGAACAGUUUGGGUUAACUGUUUUGAUAUCUUUGAUGCGGCUAUCCCAUUUGGUGGGUACAAAAUGAGCGGCCAGGGAAGGGAAAAGGGCAUUUACUCUCUGAGCAAUUACUUGCAGGUCAAAGCUGUGGUCACUCCUUUGAAGAAUCCGGCAUGGCUUUAAGCUGUAGCUUGCUUUCGUCUUUGGAAUUUUCAACCCUUAAUAUUUUUGAGUAAUAAGAGAAGGAUCAGAUGCUGGAGUUCAAUUUAUUAUCGUGGCAGUUGUGAUGGGAGUUUUGAGGUGAUGACGACGAUGAUGGUAGGAGGCUGGUGAAAUUGAUAGUCUGUAACGAACAGUGCCGCGAAGAAUUCUCUUUGGAGUGUUCACGAUCAAAUUGUGCAACUAUACAUUAUUACCUGCAUAGUGAUUACGCCCUCCACUCUCUCCUUUACCAUAUAUCUAGUCUAGUUCUUCCAAGCUUCGCUGUUAAACAAGUGCCUUAAUCUAUCUUAUUCUUAUUUUCACAA